AUGGGCUCCUCGCAGCAUCAGUACCAGCAAGCUGCUCCUCCUGAAUAUGGCCAGCAAAACCCAAUGAUGCAUCAGAACCCGGGUAACCCCGGACAAUCAUACUCUCAGGGGAACGAAUGGAAUUACUCUCUGUUCGAUUGCUUCUCGCCAGGAGAUGUUUGCCUCAUCGGAUGUUGCUUUCCCUAUGUGACGUUUGGAAAGACCUCGGCUAGAAUGAAGGACCCAUCUCUGAGGAAUUUCAGCAUCUUCAACGGCGAGUGCCUCUUGUGGGGUUGCCUUAGCCUCGGGUGGCUCAACUGGACCGUUCAGACUGCAAGGCGAUCGGAAUUGAGGAGACGUUUUGGUAUCGAAGGUUCCUGCUGUGGAGACUGCAUGGCCGUGUUCUUCUGCUCCCAGUGUACAGUCAUCCAGGAAGAAAAGGAGGCCACAAUGCGUCUGCGUGAUGAACAGAACGGGUACAAUCUGACCCAGCAGAUGGUAUAUCCGUGA